UCUCUCGUUUGUAUUUAUAAGCACCGCUUAUAUGGCUGGUAUUUCAGUCGCUUGAACCAACGAUCCGGGACUUCAAGCAAAAUUAUGGAAUUAGCUGCGUGGGCUUGCGUGUUGAGCAUGGCUUGGAUGGCUGUUCAGGCCCAGUGCCCUACUGGACCAAGAGAUGUAUGCUGUGGCCCUCAAAAGUAUGAAGACUGGGAUAACUGUCUGUGCACGAUGUCAAUGGAUCCUUCCACAGAUUCAUAUAUACCUUUUUGCGGUUGCUCUGAAAACGUUGGAUCCUGGUGCUGCUCUGGUAAUUCCGGUAGCAGGAGGAGUCUGGAAAGGUUUGAGAGACACAGCCACAGAUAUGCCGCUGCUGACGUGGUGAAUGCGACGUUGGUCGACAUGUUAGAAAAGGUUGAUGAAUGUCGCGAUAAAGACAGGGGUCUAGUUGCAAUAGUUUACAAAAUCAUCACGGGCCUAUUGUCUCGCUGCUCUCGAGCUAUCCAUUUCAAUGAAGGAGCUAUAGAGGAGGCCUGUGCAAUUUUCAUUGACAGAGAAUUAUUCAUAACCCAGCCAACGGAUUGCCACAGUUGUAUUUACAUGCCUUUUAUACACUCCAAGCGGCAAACAACGUCCAUAUCUUAAGGCGGAAGCUAAUGAAGCUAUACAUGCAAUUUAAAUGACAUACGGACCGGAGUUUCUGCUAAUUGGAAUAAUGAAUCAAGAUUAACCAAACAUUUUAAGUUAUUGCCAAGUGCACCACAACGUUUUCAUAUACUUGUAUCAUUUCAAUAUGUUUUCCAUCUAAACCUUUCAAAAAUAUUCGCUCUAAAAACAUAACUAACACAAUCUUAAUGCUGACUAAAUGUACUAGUAUGUACAACGUUUUCAUAUCAUUCGCCAGCAGUAUUCAGCGUAAAUAUUCGGGUUUGCUUGACCUUUUCAUUAAAUUCUUUUUUAAUUGCAAUUUUCUAACAAGACAAUAGUGAGUUUUCGCAAAUCCCGAAACGCCAACGUGAACGCCUAUCCCAUUGCUCAAGCUCCUCAGCACGAUGUCGAACUCACUAUUAUAUUUACACCACGCGCAAUAUGGACUACGGCAUUUAACCAUGGACUGACUGCUUUAGCAUUCUGACCUCACCCAAUUAAAAGUUUGUCUAAGACAAAGAUAGGCUACCAGCUAUCCAGGGAUAGUAAAUUGUGUGAUGGAUAACUUUGCUAAAGACAAUAAACGGAUCGGAAUUUGGACUGAUAUCACGAUGACGACUUGGCUUACGACAUGGACAAAAGGCUUCGUAGCUUUUUUUUAUAUUACGAUGAUGGUUGUGUACAUAAUGUGUAUUUAAAAUAAAACACUUGUCCCCAGGUGAAAUAUACGGUA